AUGAAUUCACUAAUUUUCUUAUCAUUUUUCAUUUUUAUUUCCAAAUCUAAUUGUUGUAUAAGAACACAAUCAUCAACUGCAAUUGUCGCCGAAACAGUGAGUCAAUUGUUUCUGAAAAAAAUUUUGAAUUUUAAUUCUAUGUUUUUGUAGUGUGAUAUGAGUAUCACGAACACAAAUCAAGAAUCUGAUGUUGGAACUAAUUCACUACAAGCGUAAGUUUGUUUUAUUAGUUUAUGGAAACAUGAAAAUGUGGAAAAAUACCAUUCAAUUGAGACGCUUUCAAAAAAGUAUAAUCAUAAUUAAACACAGUAAGCUUUGCUGUGUAGAUUUUUCUCAAAGUAUCCUUUGAAUAACGUGAUUUCAAUAGAUUUUUGAAAAUUAAUCUAUUUUGGAAUUAAAACAGUUUGUGUUUUCAGGGAUGGGACUCUCUCUGUUCAAUGUGUGGAUACGAUUGGCAACCAUUUUGUGCAGGUAGGAUUGCAUGUAAACUUCUUCAAAAUUUUAAAUUCUCUUUUAAGAUUACUAAUUAUGUUGACACGUUAUGCGGUGAAAUAAGUCUCACAUGCAGUGGAACAACAUGGAUGUAUGAAUCAGAGUGAGUCAACAAAUAAAUAAAGCAUCUCCAAAUAUUUUCUAGAUCCGUCACACAGUACUACUGUUCUUCAGAUUCUUGUACUCCAUAA